AUGAUUGUGCGACAGCUGUGUGUGCGACAAAACUCGCAUCCUGAGCCGCUUCUCCUCGACCGAUACGACUGUCGAGUUGACGGCGGAAGCGGUUCAAAACCCUCCUCAAUCGCAGCCCGACAAAUUUUCGCCAGUCCUGAAGGUUCCGGAGGAAGUCAGGUCCCCUGCUCAGGAGGCAUGGAGGAAAACUGUGAAGCGACUCUAGGUUCCGUAGUGACGGAUACCUAUGAGCCAGAGGAACUCAUCAGAAACCCUCCCAGACCGUCCGACGUCACUCUUGAACUUCUCCUCGCAUCCCAGUCACACCUCGGACAUUCAACCUCCCGAUGGAACCCUCAGAAUUCGCGAUACAUCUUUGGUGUUCGAGAAGGCAUCCAUAUCAUUUCGCUCGAUGUGACUGCGGCGUAUCUCCGUCGAGCGGCAAAGGUGGUGGAAGAAGUCGCCAGACGGGGUGGUCUUAUUCUGUUCGUGGGCACGCGGAAAGGCCAGAAACGAUGCGUCGUCCGGGCCGCAGAGCUGGCCAAGGGAUACCACGUUUUCGAGCGAUGGAUUCCCGGCAGUCUCACAAACGGUCAGCAGAUUCUGGGACACUGUGAGAUGAAGGUUGUCAAUGCACUGGACGAGGAGCUCCCCGAGUUUAAACCCAACUUGGUCGACCGACCGGUCUUGAAACCUGACCUUGUGGUUUGCUUCAAUCCGAUUGAGAACGAGGUCUUACUACAUGAAUGUGGUCUGAACAACGUCCCCACGAUCGGCAUUAUCGAUACUGAUGCGGAUCCCACGCGAGUGACGUAUCCCAUCCCCGCCAACGAUGACAGCUUGCGCUGUGUGCAACUCAUUGCUGGUGUACUGGGCAGAGCAGGAGAGGAAGGACAACGACGUCGUUUGGAGGAAGCCUCGAGAGGAAUUCUGUCGUAUGAACCCAUCACCGAAGAGGAGAUUCGUAACAAUCCCGCGGCUGAGCAAGAUUGA